AUGGCCUUUGCCCACCACGGCUGUGAGCACAUCGGCAAGCGAGUCACGCGCCGCUUUGAAGGCGUUAACGUCGGAGGCGUCGUGAGUGCGUGGGCCCCGGCCGACGGCCAAGAAGAGGCGCUCUACCGCGUGCGUCACGACGACGGUGAUGAAGAGGACCUCGAUCGGCAGGAGCUGGAGGACGCCUUGGCGCUGGCCGCCAAUACUCCGGUGGACCUCAAGGGCCGAUUCCUCGCCGUGCCAACCUCAUUCUUCCAGGUCGAGGCGGGGUUCUACCUGGCGCGAUGCAGCAGCGUCAGCGCCGGCGGCAAAAUUUGGCUCAGGUACGGCUCGGACAACUACUCGCACUGGGUGCCGCACGCGAUCGCGAGCAAGUGGCUCAUCAGCGAUAGCGAGGCGCGCCGAGGCGACUGGGUUGGCUCUGGCGGCGUCGGUUCCUUCGCAGCGGGUGCCCAGGCUGAGGAGGUGGGCGAGGCGCCGGUGGCGGAGGCGGAGGGCUUGCGCCUGCACCUGUCAAGCAGUAGCAGCACCGGGUACGCAGGCGUGUCGAAGACCACCCGCUGUACCGGCCGCUUCCAUGCGCGGCACAAGGUGGGCGGAAGGAGCCUCGGCUCCUUCGGCUCAGCGGUGGAGGCGGCGGUGGCGUACGCGCGGGCAGUGGGGGAGGCGGAUGAGGAGGGCGAGGAGGGCGAGGAGAACGAGGGGGGCGAGGCGGGCGUGGCGGGUGAGAACGUCGCUUCUGCCGCCGCCCGCCGAGACUCCGCGCAGCGCAGCAGCGGGCGGCACCGCUCGGUGCCCGCUCGCUUCGUGGCGGAGCCCUCUUUGCAGGGCGACGAGUCGCAGCUCGAGUUCGCCGAGAAGCUGCUGCUGCCGGCCGCGCAGGAGGCGGUGCCACAGCAGCAUGCGGCGGCGCCGCCGCCAGAGGCUGCCAUGAAGUUUGGAGUCGGAGAUGCGGUGCUGGGCAAGUUUGGCCCCGACGACGAGGGCAAGACGGGCGGCGUGCUCGACAAGUGGUACCGCGCCGUCGCGGACGGCACGUAUUCCCUCGAGUACGAAGACGGCGACAGCUGGGAGCAGGUGCCACGCGUGCACGUGAGGGCGCGGAAGCGGCCGCGCGACGACGAGGCGUCUUCAGCAUCGAUGGAGGCGGCAGAGCCGGCAGCAGCGCAGCGAGGCGGCGGGGAGAAGAAGCGCGGCCGCCCGUUGGGGAGCAAGAAGUCGAAGCUCGCCAAGAAGGGGGUGCCGAAGCGGGGCGCCAAACCGAGAGGCAGACCUCCGCACGGGUGCUCGUGGAGCGAGAAGCAGAGCGCGUACGUCAACGAAGAGCAGGCGGGCGUUCGGCGCGCCGCGGCGGCGGAGUCGGAGGAGGAGGCACAGGCGGAGGAAGGGGAGGCCCCCGGCACGCCUCCCGGCACGCCGCCGCCGGAGGCAGCGGCGGCGGCGGCGGCGGAGGAGGAGGAGGAGGAGGAAGAGGAGGGCGAGGAGGAGGAGGAGCAGGAGCAGGAGGAGGAGGAGGAGGAGGAGGAGGAGGGUGCGGACGACGGCGACGAGGAGGUGGACGGGGAGGAGGCGGACGACGAGGAGGUGGACGAGGAGGAGGGGGAGGAGGAGGGGAAGGAGUCCGCCUCCCGUCGCAGCUCGCGCGUGCCCGUCCGCAUGCCGACCGGCGAGACGUACGUUGGCGGUGGCUUGGCACCCACCACCGCGCCGCGCGCCAAACCGACCGCCAAGGCUCCCGCCAAGGCUCCCGCCAAGGCUCCCGCCACGCCACCCGCCGCCGUCGAGGCGCUGCAGCAGCCGGCGGCGGAGGCGGAGGGGCUGCGGCUGCACCUCUCGAGCAGCAACAGCACCGGCUACAAGGGCGUGCGCGAGCCGCGUACUGGCCGCUUCGAGGCGCAGCGCAAGGUGGGCAGGCGGGCGGCCUCGCUCGGCACCUUCGACACGGCGGUCGAGGCGGCGGUGGCCUACGCGCGGGCGGUGGGGCAGGCGGAGCCGGAGGGCGAGGAGGAGGGGGAGGGCGAGGAGGAGGGGGAGGAGGAGGAGGAGGCUCGGCCGGGCGGGCCGCUCACCGCUGCCGACGCAUUCGAGGGCGCUGCGGUGGCGGUUUACUUCUCGGACGUGUCUCGCUGGUACCGCGGCGAGGUGACGUCCGUCAACAACGACGGCACCUCUGGCGUGUGGCGUACGAGCUGCACCUUUGGCGUGGCGUACGAGGACGGCGAGGAGGAGGAGGCGGUGCCGCUGGAGGACCUCUUCCACGAGCUGCAGGCGGGACCACCGCCUGCCUCGUCCCCGCCCCCGGCCGCUCCACCACCAGCGGCGCGCCCGCCCCUCGGCAUGCCGGCCGUCGAGCGAGCGCUCGAGGGCGUCGGGCUGGAGCGCUACGCGGCGGCGUUCGACGAGCAGGGGUUCGACGACCUCGGCUACCUGCUCCAGAUGAACGCGGCGGAGCGGGCGGCGGUGGCGGAGGGCGUGGGGAUGAAGCCUGGCCACGCGGGCAAGUUUGUCAAGCACGGCUUCGAGGCGCCGGCGCAGAGGCUUGCCAGGGGCGAGACAGUGCUCAAGUCGAUUGGCCAGGGCGGCGACGGGAAGGAGGGUCUCGCGGCCGUGAUGAUCGAGGCUCCGGCGGAGCUGGUGUGGGCGACGCUGCUCGACUUCGGCUCCUGGCCGUCCAUGGUGGACAACGUCACUGCCGCCGACGCGCGAGUCUCGCUGAGCGCGUGGGCGCCCGCGUGGCUGGGCAGGUUCAUCGCGGCGCAGGGGCUGCCGCGGGCCACCGCGUGGCUCAAGCGCGAGUCGGAGCGGCGCUUCGCGGCGGGAGGCGCGUGGCGCGGCUCUCUUCGGCGCCGCGUCCAGUCGUCGCCGAAUCUCGAGCGGAUGGGGCGGCCGGCAGGGCAGUGGGCGGGCGACCGAGCAGCAGACGGGUGGUCGACUGGGCAGAGAGGCGGCGGCGCGGUCUCUCCUCCACCAAAGCUCGUCGCGCUCGAGGAGCUUGCGGCCGAGAGCCAGCAGGCGCCCGAGGCGGACGGAGUGGCGCAGGCGAUCGACUUUGGAGGAGGAGGUUCGGCGGUGCAGCAGGCGGACGGGCAGCUCGCUCCGCAGCACGGCCUUCGCCCACGGCGGCUGCCGCGUGUGGCGAGCGACGCCGACCUGCUCGCGUCCGCAUCGAGCCGGUCCCGCUUGAUGUACCGCCACAAGGCCUCCGCCUUCCGGCACCGCAUGCGGCACUUUUAG